AUGCACUUCCCCACCACCACCCUCCUCGCCGCCGCCGCGCUCGCGCCCUUCGCAGCCGCGGUGCCGGUGACAUGGGCGCCUCGCGUUAAUGCCGUGGCGGUCCAGAAUAGCGGCGGGUUUAAGGAUAUGAUCUUGACUGAGAUCCGUACCAAUACGCUCGCGACUUCGAAUGCGAUGGAUGAUAAUCGUCAGAUCUCUUUCCACCUCGCAGACGCCAACUUCAACACCGCCACCACCUGCACCAAAACCUGGCACGAAACCUCCAACACAUCCACCACACGUCCCGGGUCCUACAUCCCCUGCAAAGCGAAUGCCGGCGUGAAGGAGAGCUACAGGUGGUUCUUCGACAGCUACACCAGUCUAGGCGAGUUCUCGCUGCAACUGGCUCAUGCGUAUAGUGACCCGGUGAACUACCCGCCGCCCUGGGAAGUGGUUGGGUUGUUUGCUACGGUCAAUAUUACGCUGGGGUGUGCGGGGGGGAAGGGAGGGGAGGAGUGUGCGUUGAAGGAGGGGGAGAGUGUUAGGGCGCCGAUUAAUGGUGCUGUUAACUGAGGAGAAAAGAGCGAGGAGAGGAGAGUGAGGAGUGAGAUCGUGAGGUAGGGAUGGACGCUGCCUCGUGGAGGUGAAGCCAGCAGUGAAUCCCGCGUUCCAUGACGUGGACAGUCGUCCGAAUCGAAGCGGAGGAGAUGUAAUAUCUAUAACGUGGUUUAUCACCGAGCGGAUCACUUUUCCCGAGUUUACUACCUACCAAAUUUAACGCGAGUUUUCUUAACAACCACC